CUGGAGAUGGACAGAGUGUCCAGAUGGACUCCAUUAAGUCAGGCUUCGUGGGUUCCCAGGUGGAGCUGCGUUGUAUCUUCGUUAACUCCAACCCCCCGGUCAAGAUCUCUCAGGUCACAUGGCAGAAGUUCCUGAACGGCACCAAACAGAACGUGGCCAUCGCCAACCCCUCGCUGGGGGUGUCCGUGCUCCCGCCCUUCAAGGAGAGGGUAACCUUCAAGCAGCCGGCGGUCCGUCACCGCACCCCGUCUCUGGAGGAUACCACCAUCAUCUUCUCCAACCUGAGGCUAUCUGAUGAGGCCGCAUACAUUUGCGAGUACACCACCUUCCCUGCUGGGAACCGAGAGAACAUGGUCAACCUCACUGUGUUUGCGCGACCUCUGACCCGAAUGACCUUGACUACGCCCACCAUCGUGGCCCGCCCCCAGAAGCGUAAGAUGACCGUGGCGACCUGCCUCUCGGCCAAUGGGAAGCCUCAGAGUGUGAUCAAAUGGGACACGCGGCUUAAGGGCGAGGCCACAUUCCAGGAGACGCAGAACAGCAACGGCACGGUGACCGUCCGCAGUAACUAUGUGGUCGUGCCGAGCAGGGAGACACACAAACAGAAACUCACCUGCAUCGUAACCUACCGCAACGAGAGGAUUACCGACAGUGUCGUGCUCAACGUGCAGUAUGAACCAGAGGUGAAGAUCGAGGGCUUCGAUGGUAACUGGUACCUGAACCGUCAGGACGUCAGCCUCACCUGCAACGCUGACGCUAACCCCCCUGUCACCGUCUACCAGUGGAAACUGUUGAAUGGAUCUCUUCCCAGCACCGUGGAGAUUCGUAACAACUCUCUAAUCUUCAAGGGGGCGGUGACCUACGAGCUAGCUGGAACGUACGUGUGUGAUGCCACCAAUGGGAUCGGGACUCGUACUGGACUGGUCGAGGUUAACGUCACUGGUAGGUUACACACUGGUACAAGCUUCUGCUUCUUCUCUCUGCUCUGGGCUUUUCAGAAUGUGUCUCUGGGCUUUUCAGAAUGUGUCUCUGGGCUUUUCAGAAUGUGUCUCUGGGCUUUUCAGAAUGUGUCUCUGGGCUUUUCAGAAUGUGUCUCUGGGCUUUUCAGAAUGUGUCUCUGGGCUUUUCAGAAUGUGUCUCUGGGCUUUUCAGAAUGUGUCUCUGGGCUUUUCAGAAUGUGUCUCUGGGCUUUUCAGAAUGUGUUUCUGGCCUUUUUCUUGGCGUGAAGCUCAAACUUAAUA